CUACAGCCCAUGACCCCCCCUCCACCACCACCGUCCCCAAGUCCUCAAGCCACUCUCCCCCAUUGGGAAAACGUAAUUCUCCAUUUCAGUACUCAGCCGUUGUUUUCACAGCAAAACCAGACCCCCCCCUCUUUCCUCCUCACUGGUGACCUUGACAGCUACUAACCUACAUCCCCAUCCCAGUCUGAGAUUUAUUAGCACGGAGGAUCUGGUUGUCCAUGUGUGUUAUUUUUUUUGCAGGAAAUGUUCUUCCUGGCCUAGACUUGUAUGUGUUCUUAAGCUAGGAAAGCAGAUGUAUGUGAUAACAAAGAAGACAAGAUCAUUUUUUUUUCUAAUGAGGUAUCCGCUUAUGGAAAAGUGUUUGGAGUUUUGAAAACAUCUUGAAAAAGCUUUUUAUAGAACUUGUGUAUUUAGCACAGCUAGCCUCGAGCAAAGAAGACAUAGAAGAUAGCUUAUUGUUGGAUCAAGCUUUAAAAGUGUUGAGGAGUGUAUUAAACUACAUCCACAAUCAGGAUUUAUGAAAACCAUAUGACAUAGUCCUUCACUCACCCCCACUUCCAAAAACAUACACUCUCCUGCCCCCCUCCUCUUUGCUUUAUUUCCCUCCCACUCUCACCCUCCCGCUCCCUCUCACCCCUUCCCAUCUUGGGACAAUCUGCAUGCAACUCCAGUGAGUUCAGAUGCGUUUCUGCAGUGCAGACUGAGGAGCUCAGACUUUUCUCAACAGAAAAGUUCAAAUGAAGAAAGAAAAGUUCACUUAAGCAAGACUAGGCAGCGAGAUCUAGUCCAGUGGAGCAAGAGGAGGUGAGAGGAAUAUCCAAAAGAGGAGAAUGGGCUCCCUAGUGAGCGGCACUACAUCUCCCCUCCUGACCUCCCUGCUGGCUUUGCUUUUGGGACUUUCUUCCGUCUCCGGUGAGGACUUACGGGAGACGGACGCUCUGUGCAAUGCCGACGGCUGCUUGGCAGUUUACUUCCAGAGAAAGACUUUUCUGGACUCUUGGCGGGCCUGCAAGGAGAAAGGUGGAAACUUAGCCACCCUGAAACGCCAGGCGGAUGCCGCCACCAUCGAAACUCUCUUCACCUCUCUGAAUUUGCGACACUCGCGCACUAAGGUACAAGUAUGGAUCGGACUGCAGCGGCAACCCCGCCAGUGCACAUCCUCGCGGCUUCUUCGGGGGUUUUCCUGGACAACAGGGGACCAGGAUACAGAAUACACCAACUGGCAGAAAGACUACUCCGCCAAUAUGUGCUCAGUGCCUCGCUGCGUGGUUAUGGGAUACAACAUUCAGGACCAGACUGACAACUUCAAAUGGCUGGAUGGGUCCUGCUCCGUCCCCGUGGACGGUUACGUCUGCCAUUAUUCCUACACAGGAAUGUGUCCUGCCUUGUGGAGUGAGGGGGCAGGCAAUGCCUUCUACGCCACGCCGUUUAACCUCCUAAGCACCCUUCUGACCCACGCCCCUCUCGGAUCUGUAGCGACCAUGCCCUGCCAGACUGAUCAACAGUCAGUACUCUGUGUCUUGAGGGAAGACGGUUCAGUGGGGUGGUCUAGAGAUUCCCCUCUCUGCUCCAACCCCCCGGCAUCGCACAACUGGUGCGAGCAAAACAACGGCGGCUGCGAGCAUUUCUGCAAGGAAGCCGGCGGUCUCUCUUUUUGCGAGUGCGCUGAAGGCUAUCAGCUCGCAGACGAUGGCCAGAGCUGUGACCUCUCCGACGGAUGUCAGGAUGCCGACUGCGAGUUUGAGUGCGUGCCCCUUUCAGACCGGUACCGCUGCGCCUGUCCUGAUGGCUACAUGCUGGCUCCAGAUGAACACGGCUGCCUGGAUGUGGACGAAUGCCUUCAGAGUCCCUGCGAGCACCGUUGUGUCAACACUCCCGGAACGUUUCAAUGUCAGUGUCAAGACGGUUACCAAGUCGACGACGAGGGCGGCUGCGAGGAUAUUGAUGAAUGUCUGAGCGAUCCGUGUGAACAUGCCUGUGAGAACACAGACGGCUCCUUUAUUUGCCACUGCCAUUUUGGGUUCUCCCCGCAGCCCGAGGACACAAGUCGAUGCCAAGACACCGACGAGUGCCAGAUCGCAGGGACCUGCCAACAAAUGUGCGUGAACUAUGAAGGCGGAUUUGAGUGCUAUUGCGAGGAAGGCUACGAACUUGUCAUGUCUGAUUCUUCCUCAUGUCGGAAAAUAGGCGACCAAUCGGCUGUCACCAACCAACCACGACCUGAAUGGGACGCUGUGGAUUACGAGUGGAAUCCACAGCAGGGUCACACUGAUUGGGUACCGGAGGAGGAGCAAUCUCUGGACUGGUUGACUGACAUUCCCAAAGUUUUGGGUUCGGAUGUCAUUUGGGUGACCAGUGCUCCUCGGGAGGAACUUUUCAAUCCUGCUUCAGAAACACAGGAGGAAGGUAUCGCUAAUGGUGAUGAUGACAUGUUGGACAUGGGGCAAAAUCCUCAAUCUGAGCUGGACUUGUCCUUCAUCACCACCAGCACCACACCCACUCCCACACCCACCAUGUAUGAAGAUGAGAAGGAAGAAGAAGAGACCACUCCUUUCCCAUUUUUUUCCACCUCUACAAUCUCGGAAGGAGCUUGGAAUUGGUGGGCUGGGUUCACAGCUGCCGACCAGAGCCGAGGAAAUCCAGAGGAUAAAGUCACUGACUCUUACAUGCUUACUGAGUCCAGCUACCACAGUCCGCCCCAGGAAGAAAACCCCUCAGUCAGUGAUAAUUCUACAAAGGAGGGAGUGACCCACUCCCAAACUACUCCCACUCAAACCAUUCCCUCUCAGCCGCCUACAAUCCGUCACCUGGAUUCUGUACACGAGGGCGGCGGACAGACUCAAAAUGGCAACUGGCUCCUGGUGGGCCUCUUGGUGCCGGUUUGCAUUUUUAUCGUUGUCAUGGUGGUCCUGGGUAUCGUCUACUGUACUCGUUGUGCUGUGCAGCCCCGCAGUAAGACCGGGACCGACUGCUACCACUGGAUCUCUGGCGCUCAUGACAAACAAGGGGUUGCUAGCCCCUCUGCUGGGGUCAAGAGCCAUGUUUAGGUAGACGGCACCCCAAAGUGACACUCACAUAUACAGACUCUCAAGAGGUGUAAAAUCAUCCCGGACUUUGUUGUUUAUUGUUCAUUUAGGAGGCGAGAGACACUGAAAACCACUGAACUUGUUUUUCUUUGACUAUGCUUGGAUGUUCCAUACACUGAUCACAUGACUGCUUGACAUCCAAUUGCUUCCUGAUUGCUGUAAAUGAGGAAUUCUCAUGGUUCCGUUCACCAUUUACACCAGACACUAUGAAUGAACUUGGUAAUGGUUUUACAGUAAACCUCGGAUAUAUCGGAUUCAAUUGUUCCCACUGGUUUUGUCCGAUAUAAGCGAAAUCCGUUACCGGAAAAUGUCCGUUUUACGCAUAUAUCGGAUUUAUAUCUGGUAUAUGCGUUAAUCUGAUUUUAUCCGUUAUAAAAAGGCACUUCCUUGACUAUGUUUCCAAUGUACCUGGACGCGCAGGCAACGCUGCAAACGCUGCAAAUGACGUCGUAUAGCGGCCUGUCACGAUUCGGCGAAUCGGAGCGCCACGAUGCGGCCAUCCGAUAUAUGCGAGGGAAAUUUAAUGGAAAUGCAUUGGAACGGGACUGGAGAUUUUGUCCGAAAUAGGCGAAAUCCGUUAUAAAAAAAUCUGAUAUAUGCAAUGAAUUUUUAUUGGAAAUGCAUUACAGAAAAAUCGGUUCUUUUUUAUCUGUCCGUUGUGAGCGAAUUUCCGAUAUAUCCGAGUCCGAUAUAUCCGAGGUUUACUGUAUUUCAUUUGAACAUGCAUCAGAUUACAAUUGAAUGCAUCACAUAAUCAGUUCACAGUUCCACAUGUCCAAAAGGAGUAGGAAGAAGCAAAGCUUAAUAAAUCCUACCCCUCCAUCCGGUACUUCUAGAUCAGAACUGCAGUACUUUUGCAAUUAUUGUUUUAGCCAAAAUUUGACUGUAAAUUAUGUUCAUUUUUACAGCAUUGCUUAUUCAGCAAAUCCACAGCUUUGCUUUUCAUAGUCGCAUGAGUAUCCCAAGUGAAAUUCCCAGGAAUGUGCAGAAUGUCCACUUUUUAAGAGCACGUCUCUCUUCCUUUUUGGAUUUCCCUUUGAGAAAACUUGGCAGCGUCGUUAUGUGAGGUACAGACAAAGUCUUGGAAGGAACCUUGACUUUUUGGCCGUCAGUCACACGGUAACCAGAAUUCUCUGUACGUGCCUGGAAUGUUGUACGGCCAUGUUGAAUCAAAUCCAGCUGUUGGAGGAAACCAUCCAGAAAGACAAUCACACACUUGUUACAUCUUUGGAAAGGAGAAACUAAUUAUCACAUGACAAGAUGAGGCUCGUUCUAGCAAUGGAGGGCAUUUAAAAAAAAUAAACAUUCUUUAUCUCAAUUUUCUCGUAUUUAUUCAUUAAUAAUAGGUAAUAAACCUGAUUGGCUCAUUUCAGGCAUCAAAUGCAUAAUUGUAUUAUUUGUUUUUAUCUUUUAUUUGCUCUACAGUUGUCCCUUGCAAUAUCGUUAUGUUGUGUUUUUUUCAGAUAUUAAUUAUGAAUGUGAGUGUGAAUGGUUGUUUGUCUAUAUGUGCCCUGUGAUUGGCUGGCGACCGGUAGAAAAUGAAUGAAUGAUAAUUAUUGAUCGCUGUUUCGUGGUAGACUGAGAUCUAUUAAUUAUCCAAACAUAUUGAAAUACAUGCGUUAUGUGAUAUUUUGGCCGCUAGGUAUUAGUAAUGUCACAUUGAUGAGGCAUACAUCCUUAUUACAUUACCUUAUCUCGAUGGAGCCAGCCAUGGAUACGGAGUGAAAAAUGUGUUUCCUCCAAUUCUGUAUGGACUUGGUAAGUUUUUGGCUUCUUAUUUUGUCAUUUUUUCCCCCACUCCCUUUGAAACCCUUUCUUAGGUUUAGAAAAAAUGUGAGUUCCUGCAACAUCAGAGAUGUGCAAGCAAUGAAUAAUGACUAUAGGGGUGUUAUUUCAUGUCUACAGGGCUCUAAUAAUGUUGAAAAAAAACAUAUUUAGGAUGUCAUAAACAGGUUUUCUAUGCUAUAACUAUGAAAACAUUCCAUUUAUUAACAAUGAAUCGUAUAAUUAAUUUAUUGCGGUUGGGACCAAUUAACUGCUAUAAACAUGGGAUGUACUGAAUUAAAUGAGUAUAUUAAAAAAAAAGAGUCUCUUGUGUCAUGUGACUCACUACUUUCGCCUCCUACCACUCUAAAAAUGUUGGGGUAGCAAGGCUGCGUGCAUGUGGAAUGCAGAUUUCUUGCAUAAAAACUAUUAUUUAACAUAACAUUAAUUAAACAAAUGUUUCAAUGAUUACCAGAGACAUGUAUGGUUAAAAGGAAAUGACAUUUUAAUGGACUUUUAAUUUUUUUUAAUUUGACAUUAUAUUUUGGACUAGAGAAAAUGGCAUUUUAAAGGGUACUUCAGAAAUGUAUUUAUUUAAAAAUAAAUUAAUGUCUCCUUGUUCAUAAAAAGUACUCCAAUCCUGGGAUGAUCUGUUCAAAUUCAGCAAAUUCACUUUUACACAUUUACGAAAAGGAUCUUGAAAAUGUAAUAAAAAAAAAGAACACAUGUUUUUGAGGGUUGUGAGGGUUGUUUAUUUUUGAUCGAAAUCAAUUUUGAAGUCAAUCAUCUACAAUGACAUUGAUUAAUGGCUCACAUUAUUACUUGUGACAACUUUACUGCAACAAAUUCCCAGAAUCAGCAGAGUUGCUGUUAAGUUUUGUGUUGUGUUGACUCAUGCAUCGCUUUUGAUGAAAACCAGCUUAUGGCUU